AUAAGAGAAAAGAGUUGCAAAUCAAAAUCUGCAGACAAAUUGUUUGAAUUGAAUUGAAAUAAGAAUGUCAGGGAAAGUGAAGGGUUGGUUGAAUCAAAAGAUCGUGGAUCCUAUGGUCCAAAUCCUCAAAAAGGGAGCAGAACCCAAGCAAUUGGCCUUCUCUAUAGCUUUGGGAUUUACUUUGGGGGUAUUUCCAAUAUGUGGGGUAACGGUGUUGCUGUGUGGGAUGGCGAUAGCGGUGUUGGGAUCAUUGGCCAAUGCUCCAGCAGUCAUGCUUGCUAACUUCCUUGCUACUCCUAUGGAAUUGAGCCUAAUGGUGCCGUUCCUGAGGUUUGGUGAAGCACUGACGGGGGGAGAGCCUUUUGAAUUAACAUCAGAUGCUUUAAACAAAGUAAUUACAGGCCAAGCUUCCUCUGAACUCCUCUUUAGUAUUGCUCGUGCUUUAUUAGGAUGGUUUGUUGCUGCACCCAUUAUUUUGGGGACACUCUACCUUAUGUUUUUGCCGAUCUUCAAGUUCCUUGUCCCCAAGUUCAGCAGCGCUCCUGAGCAAAAAGACCACCAUUCAUGAUUAGAAGCACCGGAGGGAUGGAUGUUUUGAUAUUUUGCAAUUUAAUUCUAUGGUAAAGAAUAUGGACC